AUGGAGGAUGAUAUAAAUUCAUAUGUGCAAAGAUUCGAUUUGAUUCACGAUACUGAACUUGAUGAAUACUUCAGAAAUCGUAUUAAGAAGUCCUACUUAACAUUUGAUCAAAGAAAGUUAUUUAGAAAGUGGCAUGGGAGAUAUAUGACAAAAAGGCUAAAGGAACUUAUAGCACCGGUGUGUUCCGGCAUCCUCAUUAUGUAA